AAGCGCCAGGAGGAUGUAUCAUAUGGGCUGCAGCGGGCAAUUUAGUGCCAAUCUCAUCCACGAGUGUUAAUUUGUAAUAGUGUACCGUGAAGUUAUUCUCUGUGCUUACGUUAAGCUAAAUACUGUAAAGUUAAUCAUUUGUAUUCAUCCCACGAGAAACGCGCAACUCCUGCUGUCUCUUCAGUUCACUCCAAACAACUCAAUUGAGCUGUCAUCACGUCGCUGCAAGAGCAUGGCUCUGGCCUGGCUCCAGUCUAACCUGCCUUGUGCUAAGCAGACCAGUAUCACCAGUAUUGCCAGUAUCAAGCAUCAGCACGCUUCCAGUCAAGCUUGCUGAACCUGACCGUGCAGAGAGCCAUGCUGUCGGGGUCUUGGCGGCGUUCUAUGGGGCACCAGCAGCCCGCUGCAGCGCCUGUGGUGACCCCCAGGAGCAUGACAGUGUGUGGGGUCACCAGCGGCACAGUGGUCCUCGAGGCUCAGUAUGACUACAACUACCGCGCCGCUGAUGGGCGGCAGGUCUGCAUCAGGGAGGGGGAACGCUUCGUUCUCCUGAAAAAGACCAACACUGACUGGUGGCAGGUGCGGAGGAUUGGGGCGGCCAGUAAAACAAAGCCUCUGUAUGUUCCCGCCACUUAUGUAACCGAGGUGCCCAUUGCACCGCUGCCAUCGCCACGGCGCCGGGUUGUCUCUGACUCGCUAAACUCAAAACUCAGGAUACUGCCACGGGUUUCACUCUCUCCUAGCCCAAAGGAAACAACCUAUAAUGAACAGCAACAAGCAAACAAACCCAUUUUCCACUCCAUGGAAAACCUGAACUCCUUCCAGGGUCAGGACAAGAACUCCAGCACGGGUGGAGGCCGCUUCCCCACGCUGCCCCUUUGGUCUGGUUUCACCUUUACCUCCAACUCUCCAGCCUCCCCGUCAGGACACCUCAUGGUCCCUGUGUCCCCUGCAGUUUCCAACACACAACAGACAACAUCGCCAAACCCCAGGGUGGUCCCCAUGAUCACUCGCAGCCAGAGCUCCAGCAACCUGCCUGAGAACGUGACGGAGAACCCGUACGAUGAGGUGGGCGGUGGCUUCAGCAGUCGUGGCAACCACAAGAUGCCAAAGAAGUCUUGUAGCCAGUGGGACAUGGUGGGAUCCUCUGGCAAGAACAACCAUCUGCAGGUCCCAACAGAGUCCUACAUCUCCCAGAUGUCCUGGCAGGACUCUCCUCUUUACUCUGACAAUCAGCCAGAGAAACGUCUGUCGGUAGCGGAGCCCCCUACCCCUGCCCCAGGUGAGCAGCCCCUUCAGAUCCUAGACCUGUGGGAGCAGUACUCAGACCAGCCCACAGGGAGAUACUACUACAUCAACACCAUCACCAGGGAAAGGUCCUGGAAGCCCCCCCGCCGGGCCCGUGGAGGCACCACCGGCAAGGCCUGUUCAGAACAACCUCAGACGUUACCCAGAGAAACCAGCCAUCUGUCCCUUCCACUUCCUGGAGCUGGUAAUGGAACAGUGCACAGGCUGUCACCUGAUUUAGUCUACGGGAGCCACCAGAGGAAUGCUGACGGUGGCUGGCAGAUGAAACAGAGCAUGCAGCACGCCGUCUCCUCUGCCACCCUGAGCACCAUGUCGUUCACUGAUGCCCAGUGCCAUAACUCUGCCGCCCUGCAUGAUGCCAAGCCGCAGCUCAGCCACUCCCAAUCUAUGAUCCUGCCUGAGAACGGCAAGCUGAUCCAUCAAUGCAGAGAUUACUCCUGUAAUGUGACCAACAUCAUCGUGGAGCCUCCGUCUCCUGAGAGCUCUCCAGACAGCGAUGGCGGCACACCGGAGUUGGAGAAAGCUGGCCUCCUAAACAAGACAAAGAUUGCAGAAGGAGGCCGGAAACUGAGGAAAAAUUGGAGCCCCUCCUGGGUUGUGUUGGUCGGGAACAGCUUGGUUUUCUUCAAAGAUCCUAAAUCACAGACACCUUCCAGCUGGAAACCAGGGAACAGUCGCCCUGAAAGCAGUGUGGAUUUGAGAGGAGCACAGCUGCACUGGGCCAACAACCUGUCCAGCAAGAAGAAUGUCUUCAAGCUGAGGACAGUGACGGGCAAUGAGUUCCUGCUGCAGUCAGAGACAGACUCGCUGAUCAUAGAGUGGUACAAAACCAUCCAGAGCGUCAUCGACAGGCUGGACCGUGAGAACCCGUUGGACAACGUGCUGCUGUACUCCCUGAGGCGGGCAGGCAGCGUGGAUAUGCUGGAGCAGAGUGGAGACGAGGACGACAGGAGGACCACGCUCCCUCGCUCGUCGUCCAACCUGGAGAACACGGAGAGGAAGAGAGUGAAGACCCGGCUGAAGAAGCUGAUCCUAAAGAGACCCCCUCUGCAGGCGCUACAGGAGAAAGGCCUCAUUAAAGAUCAGGUGUUUGGCUGUCGUCUGGAGAUGCUCUGUGAGAGAGAGAAGAGCACCGUCCCUCGCUUCGUCAGACUUUGUACUGAAGCUGUGGAGAAGAGAGGACUGGACACUGAUGGCAUCUACAGAGUCUCAGGGAACCUGGCAGUGAUCCAGAAACUACGCUUCCUGGUGGACCACGAGCGAGCGGUGACUACAGACGGCCGUUACAUGUUCCCGGCAGAGUUUGUACAAGAAGAGAAGCUGAAUUUGGACCAGAGUGACUGGGAGGACAUUCAUGUCAUCACGGGAGCUUUGAAACUUUUCUUUCGCGAGCUUCCCGAGCCCCUCGUGCCCUUCGGCUUCUUCACCGACAUCGUGGAGACAGUCAAGAUGUCGGACUACAUGGACAAAGUGGAUCGUUUGAAGUGUCUGGUGCUCAACAUGCCUCCUUCUAACCAUGACACGCUGCAGUUCAUAUGUCGCCAUCUCCAGCGAGUUUUGGAGAAGACAUGCAACAAUCGAAUGACCACCCAGAACAUCGGCAUCGUGUUCGGACCGACCCUCAUGCGUCCAGAGCGGGACAACAGCAACAUGGCGGUGAAUAUGGUUUACCAGAAUCAGGCGGUGGAGCUCAUCCUCAGCGAGUUUGACCACAUCUUUGGAACAAGAGGCCCCUCUUGAUCUUUUCGGACUGAGGCGGGGAGGGGGAUUCAAAAAGCUCUUCCAGAUCAGACGAAAGCACAAGUAGUGCAGCAUUUGUCCUUUCUGCCUGUUGACUCAUGUGGUGUAAAAUGGGUUUCACAUCAAAAACGUAAUUACGGGGUACAAAGAACCAGGAGAGAAAGCUGCUAAUCAUGACAUCUGGCCUCCAUAUAAAGACAUGUUAAAACAAUAAUAGUAAAACAAACCAAUUUUAGCUGCGAUACUUGUGUCUUUGACUGCAGGAGCCGACGCCUCCUCGCCACUUUUCAUUGGUCUUAAAGACACAAACUGGAUUUGUUUUUUAAAGCCAUAAAAUAUAUACAUCUCCAGCAGCUAGCUGAGUAUUAAUCAGGUAUUUGUCAAGGACUGUGAGGAAGGAUAUGUCUUAACCUAGCACUGAAACAAAACUUGCCAUCUCACUGUGAAAACACAUGCACCAGCACCUCAUGCAGCCACGAUGGACAGAUCCCACCUGCAGUGGAAAGCAGAAGAUAUAUACUGUAAAAUAUGCAAAGUAACAGGAAGCAAGCUAGGCGUGUAAAUGUGGCCGCAUCCUCACUGAAGCCAUACAGUGUUUUAGAUAAAGAGUUUUAUGUUUAUUUCAGACUUCAGAGGUGAAGUUCAACUCUUCAAAGAAAAAAAGCAUGAUUUCAGUGAUGGGAUCAAAUAGAACCAAAUAGUACAUUGUCAUGAGUGUCAAAGCUUCCCUUACUGUACAAAUACGUCAUUUAUUUUUAUUAGUUCAAACUCCUCAGAUUAGGAAAUAUAAAACUGUAAAUAUGUAAAAUACUGUCUUUGUCAACUAGUAGCACUUUGGAUACAUUGUGUGAUCUUAACAUUAUAUAUUAGCCAAAUUCAAACUGAUACAUUUGCUUUUAAAUGACCAGUGUGGUGUUCAAAUAUUGCUCGGACCUGAUUGUUAACUCUCCUGCAAUAAAAAAAGAAAAGUUGAACAAGCUGA